CGCCGCCGCCAAAGUUGUCGGAGGUAGCCACGAUUCUUUCCGGAAGUUGCCCCGAAAAGUUGAAUGAAGAAAACAUUCCCUGUGCAAAUCAGUCCACUUCUUUAAACAGUUCGCGAUUUCGUUGAGUAACGAAGGAGAUAUGACCCGAAAACCGGGGCCGGUACAGUGGUGACGGGAAGUGGCGAGUUUUGUGGUUUCCGACGUUGUUUUCGCUCACGUUCGUUCAUUGAGCUUCAUAUCGUCGAUUUCCAGGGAUGGUCUACAAUGUGCAACAUAAGCUACUGGACCAAUGAAAAUGGUCAUCUAUCCGCCGAAAUCCCCUUUCCACUAAUUAGGAGACGCUCGAAUCUCGUAAUCUAGAAACGGAGAGAGACGAACUGAAGAGUGUUUUGUUGAAGGGAGUAGCGACUUUUGUUUGGAUGAAGUGGUUGUGGUUGAAGUAAUACUCGGAGUGUAAGAGAUGCAGAGCAUGCAUAGAGACGAGGACGGGGAGGCAUUAGUGGAUUUUGAUGACGAUGUCCAGUCCGAUCAGGAAACUCAGGAAAACAACCUUUCUGACAAUCUUGAGGAUGAUGGAUGGGACCAGAGGGAGCACGAACAAUUGCAAACUCCGGUUUAUGACAAUGAUUACAAAUCAAAGUCCCGAAAGCGGUUGAUUAAGAAGUCCGAUGGGAGAGAGAUUGUUCCAGAUCAUGGGUUUGCAGAUGAGGAUGCUUAUGGCGGUGCUUAUGAUGAUGGCAUCCCAGAGAUGGUAAGGGAUGAUUCUGUUGGACCUGAAUCCUCCUAUUCUGGCAUUGGGAAGAGGAAGCACAUUGAUGAUAAUGGUGGGGAAAAAAGGAAAGGAAAGAAUUCGAGGGAGAAAGGGGACAAAGGUGGUAAAAAGUUUAAAUUGAAGAGUGGAGGGCACACAAGUGCACACAGGAGGGGCAAAGAGGGUGAUCAGGAGCUGAAGGAGCUGUGGGACACUGUUGCUGGUGGUGAUUCUGAGGAUGAUCGCGAUGGUGUCAAGACAAUGAAUGAUGACAACUUCAUAGAUGAUAGUGGUUUGGAUCCUGCUGAUAGGUAUGGAAGUGAUCAUGAACCACAAUCUCCUGGAACCUAUCCACAGGCAGAAGAAGGUGAAGAGGACGAUGAAAUAAAGGAACUAUUCAAGAUGGGAAAGAAAAAGAAGAAAAAUGAAAAAAGUGCUCAUGAAAUUUCAUUAUUAGUUGAAAAUGUAAUGGCUGAACUAGAAGUUGUUGCAGAAGAAGAUGCUGACUUGAAUAGACAGUCUAAACCUGCUAUCAUUAAACUCAAAAAGCUGCCUCUUCUUAUUGAUGUCCUGUCAAAGAAACAGCUUCAACAAGAAUUUUUAGACCAUGGAGUGUUGACGCUUUUAAGGACUUGGCUUGAGCCCCUUCCAGAUGGAAGCCUGCCCAACAUAAAUAUUCGUGCAGCAAUCUUAAAAAUCUUAACAGAUUAUCCAAUUGAUUUAGAACAGUAUGAUAGAAGGGAGCAGUUGAAACAGAGUGGUCUUGGAAAGGUAAUCAUGUUUCUUUCGAAGUCGGAUGAAGAGACCACGGCUAAUCGGAAACUUGCAAAGGACUUGGUUGAUAAAUGGAGUCGACCCAUUUUCAACAAGAGUACGAGGUUUGAGGACAUGAAGAACUUUCAAGAAGAGAGGGCUGCUUAUAGGAGGCCACCUGUGAAAAAGCCAAUUAAUAAAGCUUCUGGAAUGCAAUCUAGGGAUGAUGACCUUGACUUGGCUGAAUUUUCACAGGGGGUGAGGUCUGGUCAGUCAUCCAAAUCCAGGCAACUUACUUCACGACCUGAGGCUAUGCUGAUGGAUUUUGUUGUUCGGCCUCAAUCAAAGGUUGAUCCAGAUGAAGUUAGGGCCAGGGCGAAACAAAUAGUGCAAGACCAGCGUCGCCUCAAGAUGAAUAAGAAGUUGCAACAACUAAAAGCACCUAAAAAGAAGUCUCUCCAAGCUUCAAAAGUGAGCGUGGAGGGUCGCGGAAUGGUCAAGUAUUUGUAGUGCUUUCGCAUGGUACGUAAAACCCGGUGCGCUGCCUCAUUUCACACACGGACCCGAGGAAAAUGUUAGCCAUCAACUUAGUAACUUACAAAUGCAAACUUGACGAUCUUUUAAUUAUUUCUCAGGUACACUGCCACAAUCUCUCCAUGCGAUGAUAUAUUAUACUGGCUAUUAUAGGUUUAAGUUUUAAAUAUUCUUGCAUGUGUAUUUAAAUGAUAAAUGAUACUCCGUAAGUAAUUUUUGUUACAUAAUGAGCUACCGGGCAAAUGCUUUCAAAAAAAAUAAAAUAAUAAUUACGUGUGUACUUU